GCGCUGGGCGACGCGACGCGGGCGGCGAGCGGGCGGCGAGCGGGCGCCGCGGUCCCCCCUCCGCCCUCCGCCCGCCCUGCCGGCCGCCUCCUCCCGCCGCCGGGCCGGAACUAUGUGAUCCCGGAAGUUCCGGCGCCCCUGCCGUGUGGGAUAAACAGUAAUGGCGGAGGCUGCGGCUCCCGGAACAACAGCCACAACAUCAGGAGCCGGAGCGGCAGCGGCGGCGGCGGCCUCCCCCUCCCCGAGCCCCACGGCCGCGUCCCCGCCCGCGGGCGCGGGGGCCGGGGGGGCCGGCGGCGGCGGCUGCUGGACCAAGCAGGUCACCUGCAGGUACUUCAUGCAUGGGGUUUGUAAGGAAGGAGAUAACUGUCGCUACUCGCACGACCUUUCUGACAGCCCGUAUGGUGUAGUGUGCAAGUAUUUUCAGCGAGGAUACUGUAUUUACGGAGACCGCUGCAGAUAUGAACACAGCAAGCCAUUGAAACAGGAAGAAGCGACUGCUGCAGAUCUAAGUGCAGAAUCAUCUCUUGCUGCUUCAAGUCUCUCAUCAGUAGUUGGACCAGUUGCUGAAAUGAAUACGGGCGAGGCUGAGUCAAGAAAUUCAAACUUUGCAACUGUAGGAGCAGGCUCAGAAGACUGGGUGAAUGCCAUUGAGUUUGUUCCUGGGCAGCCCUACUGUGGCCGUACGGCCCCUUCCUGCACUGAAGCGCCCCUGCAGGGCUCAGUGACCAAGGAGGAACCCGAGAAAGAGCAACCAGCAGGGGAAACAAAGAAGCAACUUUGCCCCUAUGCUGCAGUGGGAGAAUGCCGAUAUGGGGAGAACUGUGUAUAUCUCCACGGAGACUCCUGUGACAUGUGUGGGCUGCAGGUCCUCCAUCCAAUGGAUGCUGCUCAGAGAUCCCAGCACAUAAAAUCUUGCAUCGAGGCCCAUGAGAAGGACAUGGAGCUCUCGUUCGCCGUGCAGCGCAGUAAGGACAUGGUGUGUGGGAUCUGCAUGGAGGUGGUCUAUGAGAAGGCCAACCCCAGUGAGCGCCGCUUUGGGAUUCUUUCCAACUGCAACCACACCUACUGUCUGAAGUGUAUUCGCAAGUGGAGGAGUGCUAAGCAAUUUGAGAGCAAGAUCAUAAAGUCCUGCCCAGAAUGCCGGAUCACAUCUAACUUUGUCAUUCCAAGUGAGUACUGGGUGGAGGAGAAAGAAGAGAAGCAGAAACUCAUUCAGAAAUACAAGGAGGCAAUGAGCAACAAGGCGUGCAGGUAUUUUGAUGAAGGACGUGGGAGCUGCCCAUUUGGAGGGAACUGUUUUUACAAGCAUGCGUACCCUGAUGGCCGUAGAGAGGAGCCACAGAGACAGAAAGUGGGAACAUCAAGCAGAUACCGGGCCCAACGAAGGAACCACUUCUGGGAGCUCAUUGAGGAAAGAGAGAACAGCAACCCCUUUGACAACGAUGAAGAAGAGGUUGUGACCUUUGAGCUGGGCGAGAUGUUGCUUAUGCUUUUGGCUGCAGGUGGGGACGACGACCUGACAGACUCUGAAGACGAGUGGGACUUGUUUCACGACGAGCUGGAAGAUUUCUAUGACUUGGAUCUAUAGCAGCUUCGCGUGGCGUGCGAGCUGGGCCGCGAGCCCGACAGUGGCUGUCCCCUGUGCUGGUGUGGCAGUGCCCGUGGCUCUCUCCUAGGCAGGCCUAUCAACUCCAGGUGCUGUCGUAAUAAUUUUUACCCAGGGCCUGUCUCCUCAAUUCCUCACCUUUCCCCAAGGAGUGUGUUGUUUUCUCUGUUUAAAAAAGUUACAAAAAUAAAUCUUAAAGUUAGUGUUUUUGUAACACGAAUUUAACUGUCAGACAGUUAGUGUAGGUUUGUCACGUCAUCUGUUUGCCACCAGAUUCACACAGGAGGGUAGUGCUUCUGGAAUCCCACACUCACGUUGGACCCCAGGUUCAUAUGGAGCAGCGUGGACCCUGCUCUGGGGUAGUAGGGUGAUGGGUCAAGGCUCUGGACUGGCAAGUCCCCUUCGGCUGCAGGCAGAAGAGGUGGCUACUGGAGGUCUCUGGUGAAAUCUGCACAUCUGUGUUUUUAUAUCUGUUCCUCUCCCUGUAACCCCCCACCCUGUGCACUUGUUCUGUGGUUUUGGUCUCUUGUUUAAUUGCACACAAGUAAUACUACUGGGUAACCAGAACCAGGUGCGAAUGUGUUGAGAGAUUUUUUACCAGGUUAAAUGAUAGGAAAAGUUGUGAAAGACAGCACGAGCUGGUGGCCUGAAGGCGGCGCAGAGCUGGAAGUCCGCUCCUCCGGACUGGCAGGCGUGGUGAGCGAGUGAAGAGUGUGGUGAGCCUCUUGCCCCUGCCUAGAUGCAGUGUUCUUAGCCUUAGUGGUAAAACUCGGUUUAGUGGUUUCAGCCUAGUGUGGCCAAUAGAUCUUAAAGGACAAAGCAGUACAUUGGUAGUUCAUAGAGCAGUGCUAGCUCGGUCUGUCUAUACAUAAAUGGGCUUAGCCAUAGCGGUGGAUUCUGGUUAUCCCAUAUAUUGACACAAACUGGGUUGCGGAUACAGUUGUUUGUCUCAUGAUCCCCCAGCCUUUCCAGCCCAGGCACUUUUUGAGAAACCUUUUGUCCUUAUUUGAAGGAUUUUGUUGUUGGGUUUUUGUGUGUUUGUUUUUGUGGCUAUUUGCCUCAUUCCAUCCCUGAGCGUUGCAGGUAGACAGGUGUGAGGCAAAACUAGGUUCUCAGGUGUUCCUUGUAGUGGAGUAAUUGGUUUGCAGUAAUGAGUCACGCUUUCCCACUGAGGUGGGCAGGGGGUUGGUCAUCCACGAGACAAGCUAAAUUUCAGUCGUUAGAUCCCUUGAUGGGGAAAGUUUAGCUUUACGUUUUAUUGCUGUUUCCUCCUGAAAAUAACUUGGAGAUGCUCCUGAUUUGUCCACCUACUGCUUUGCUCCCUUGGAUCCCACCCAUUCUUCCACUUGGAGAAAAAAGUCAUUGUUGCAGAGGUCUCUGUAUUUUGCAGCUGCCCUUUUGUAAGAAGCACUUUUCCCAAAUAAAACAAU